AUGAGUUUUGAUACUGCUAAUGAUGCCAACUUCUGGAGUAACGGGUCCUCUGAGCUGUACGCAGAGACACCAGGACCGUUGUCUGCAAAUAAUUCCAAUUUGACCACAGCGAAUUACACAGACAGGAAUCCUCUGGACCUUACCCGAGCCGUGUCAGUUGGUAUGGUUCUGGGCGCUUUCAUUUUGUUCGCAAUCGUGGGCAACAUACUCGUAAUACUUUCCGUUGUGUGCAACAGACACCUGCGUAUCCCAACGAACUAUUUCAUUAUCAACCUAGCAAUUGCAGACCUGUUACUGGGUACCACAGUUCUGCCCGUGUCCGCAACACUGGAGAUUCUCGACUAUUGGGUAUUCGGGAGGAUCUUCUGUGACAUCUGGGCAGCAGUGGACGUGUUAUGUUGCACGGCCUCCAUCAUGAGCCUGUGCGUAAUAUCCAUAGACCGUUAUAUAGGCGUGCGCUACCCACUGCAGUACCCCUGUAUAGUAACGGAGAAAAGAGCAAUUUUGGCCAUGCUCGGUGUGUGGGUUCUCGCCACUGUCAUCUCCAUCGGACCUCUACUAGGGUGGAAACAACCACCCUCAAAUGAUGACACCGUUUGCCCCAUCACCGAAGAGCCCUUUUACGCACUCUUCUCCUCCCUGGGUUCAUUUUACAUACCUCUGGCUGUCAUCCUGUGCAUGUACUGCCAGGUUUAUGUAGUUGCCAAACGGACAACUAAGAACUUGGAGGCGGGGGUCAUGAAAGAACGCAUGGACUCGAAUGAGCUCACGCUCAGGAUCCACUGCAAAAACGCACAGCUGCAAGAAUACUGCGUCACGGGCAAAGGCCAGGCGCGGAGCACACUAACGGUGAAACUGCUCAAGUUCUCCCGAGAGAAGAAAGCUGCUAAAACUCUGGGUGUGGUGGUAGGCAUGUUUAUUCUCUGCUGGCUGCCAUUCUUCCUCGUGCUGCCCAUCGGAUCGUUCAACGCCAACCUGCGUCCCUCGGAGACGUUCUUCAAGGUGAUCUUCUGGCUGGGCUACUUCAACAGCUGCCUGAACCCCAUCAUCUACCCCUGCUACAGCCGAGAGUUCAAGCAGGCCUUCAUCCGUAUCCUUAAGUGCCGCUGCCAUCAGAAGAAGAAGCAGAAGGGUUGGAGGGCCUACUACAACCAACGUUCCUCUCGCCUGGGCUCCACCAAUACCUCCUACCUGAACGGAAGUCAGCAGACCCUGUCCUCCGUCAACCCCAGCCCUCGCUGUGUCAGCAAAGGGACUGGCUCUCGCCUAGAGCCUGGGUUUGACCUCAACUCCCCAUCCCCCUGCACGUCUCUGCCUGGGAGCCCCUUCACUGGCCAGAUGAGAGCCCUCCCUGGGGCUGUCUACCAGAGCACCAGCGGAAAUAACAGAGUCCACCUGGUCUCUCCCCUGGCCAGGGAGUCAGUUCAUGCCAAUGGACAGAGUAGGAAUGGAGAGGUGGAGCACGGAUCAAUCAGGGCAACACCUGACACAAUUAUGUAAUGACUGUGUGGUUGCACCAGUCAUACGCCUGGACAAUAUCAUUUGAUAGUCUGUACUAAUGCUGGCAUGAGACUUUUUUUAGAGACACUAUACAUUGGAUCAUUGUAAAUGUCUAAAUGCAAUAUGGACAGCAGCCUAACUACUGUAGCAGUAUGGAUUGAAGAUGUCCACAUCACAAUGUUUCCCUGAGUAUUUAUUACUAAGAAUCUGGUUGCUUCUAGUUCCAUGUCCUCCAAAUGUCAUCGUCAAUAGGUCUUUUGGUCUUUUGGACAAUUUUAGACAGAACAUUGAAGUCUACUGCACAAAACAUUUGCAGAACAAUGCGUGCAGCUCUGGCACAUAAUAACUAGGCCCUUGAAAGAAUCCAUGAAAAAGGGACCAACUGUACCCACGGUUUGACUUGGGUUGCACUGCUCUGCAUUUGUAACAGAUACAUAUAGUUGAAGUCGGAGGUUUACAUACACUGUAGCCAAAUACAUUUCAGCUCAGUUUUUCACAUUUCCUGACAUUUAAUCUCAGUAAAAAUUCCCUGUCUUAGGUCAGUUAGGAUAAUCACUUUAUUUUAAGAAUAUGAAUUGUCAGAAUAAUAGUGGAGAGAAUUAUUUAUUUCAGCUUUUAUUUCUUUCAUGACAUUCCCAUUGGGUCAGAAGUGUACAUACACUCAAUUAGUAUUUGGUAGCAUUGCCUUUAAAUUGUUUAACUUGGGUAAAACAUUUUGGGUAGCCUUCCACAAGCUUCCCACUUUAAAUUGGGUGAAUUUUGGCCCAUUCCUCCUGACUGAGCUGGUGUAACUGAGUCAGGUCUGUAGGCCUCCUUGCUCGCACACGCUUUUUCGGUUCUGCACACAAAAUUUCUAUAGGAUUGAGGUCAGGCCUUUGUGAUGGCCACUCCAAUACCUUGACUUUGUUGUCCUUAAGCCAUUUUGCCACAACAUUGGAACUAUGCUUGGGGUCAUUGUCCAUUUGGAAGACCCAUUUGCAACCAAGCUUAAACUUCCUGACUGAUGUCUUGAGAUGUUGCUUCAAUAUAUCCACAUCAUUUUCUUUCCUCAUGAUGCUAUCUAUCUUGUGAAGUGCACCAGUCCCUCCUGCAGCAAAGUGUCCCCACAACAUGAUGCUGCCACUCCAUGCUUCAUGGUUGGGAUGGUGUUCUUCGGCUUGCAAGCCUCCCCCUUUUUCCUCAAACAUAACGAUGUCAUCAUGGCCAAACAGUUCUAUUUUUGUUUCUUCAGACCACAGGACAUUUCUCCAAAAAGUAUUAUCUUUGUCCCCAUGUGCAGUUGCAAACCGUAGUCUGGCUUUUUCCAUGGCGGUUUUGGAGCAGUGGCUUCUUCCUUGCCGAGUGGCCUUCCAGGUUAUGUCGAUAUAGGACUCAUUUUACUGUGGAUAUAGACACUUUUGUACCUGUUUCCUCCAGCAUCUUCACAAGGUCCUUUGCUGUUGUUCUGGGAUUGAUUUGCACUUUCUCACCAAAGUACGUUCAUCUCUAGGAGACAGAACGCGUCUCCUUCCUGAGCGGUAUGAUGGCUG